ACGAUGCGAUUUGUUGUCGAAGCGUAGCGCCUUUAAAUGUGAGGGGAAAUGUUGACGGCCGGAGUACAUAAAGUCGGUGAGUGUUUCAUGAACGCCUACAGUUCUCGGUGAAGUUAACUACGCAGUUUGUAAGUCGAGAGAAGGGAAGAAAUGUAGCGCUGGUAGCUGUUUUAACGGUUUUCAUGUUAAGAGGAGAAAGUUAGUUUUACAGGAAAAUGAAGGAUUUAAUUUGUCUGUGAACCGGCCACAUUUUAAAACCGAGCAUAAGAUGUCAGGGUCCCACGAGCACUUAAGGAAGCGCCGCCCCCCGAAAAUGUUUUUGCUCUCGACCGACCUGAAGGUCCAGGACGAUCUGGACGGUACCAUUCGGCUGCACCGGGGGUACAUCUGCCAGGAGCAAGACUCGGGCAAGAGCAGAGGUGACGCCCCUUGGUUCAAGGUGUUAGACAAUGGCUUUAUGUCCAGAAUAGAGAGGAAGUUCCUGCACGAAGUUCCAACUGACCUCACGGGCCUGUUGGAGCCCGUGCAGGAUCCAGAGGCUCGCCUAAAACUGCUAAGUAAUCCUGGGAAGCUGCAGCAUUUGGCGUCUUUGCCUAUGGAUGCUCCGCUGUGGGUCCAGAUCGGCCAACCGGACGAGCUGGCGGAGGCAGAGCUUAAAUACAUUGGGCCGCUCACCAGAGGGAGCAGCGCUGUGUUUUUCGGAGUACAGCUCAAGGGCUCAGCCGCAGGUAAAGGAGUGAGCAACGGGUCCUUUAAGGGCCAGCGGCUCUUCUCCUGCCCCGAAGCCUGCGCCCUCUUCCUCCCAGUCAGCCACAUCAGACUCCGCAACUGGUCUCGCAGCAACGGCUCAGACGCACUCGAACGGGCCCGCGAGCGAGACCGGGAACGAGACCACCAUCACCGCACCAGCGGCGGCAAUCACCCCAGCAACGGCCACCAUAGCAACAACGACCGCUCGAACCCUCAGCAGCAGCACGGUCGUCACAUUAGUUUCCACCAGCAUCGUCCCAGCAGCCCACCUAAGCUGCAUGCUUUGGGCAUCCUCAGUCGAACGGCGGAGUCGGCCCCCAUCGCAGCUCAAAACCAGGUCCAGGUUCGAGGCCCUGCUUCGCCUCCUCCAUUCCACGUGGGCCAACGGGUGCGUUUUCCCCUGGAGGACAAGGUUCAUGGGGGGGAGGUGCGCUUCUGUGGUGUCCUGCCAGGCCAGUCCUUGGCAGGGACGUACGUCGGAGUCCUGCUGGACGCUCCUGUUGGUAACUGGGACGGGCAUUAUAAGGCAGAGAAGCUCUGCCACAUUCCCAACCCCCUCUAUGGAGUACUUCUGCCGAUCACCAAGGUUUCCUCAGAGUCUAAAUCCCGUCACAACCUUCCUCAACAAAUCACUAAAUCCAUCCUGAAGCCAGUGCUGCCCCGUCUCACUAAACCAGGCCCUCCGUCACCACCUGCCUCUACUCCCAAGGUUGCCCUGAUGCCCCCUGGCAAACAAGCACUUAAACCUCCCCCGCUGCCGCCACCCAAACCCACCCACAAGCCCCUGCCUCCUCUCCCGCCUCCUAAACCCCACAGCCCUACGUCGCCGCCCGCUAACGACCAGCUGCAACACACCAACGGCGCACACAGCCCUCCUUUGCCGCUGAGGUCUCCAGACAACGGCGAAGCUGCAGAGGAGAACGAAGAGGCAGGACAGGAGGGCGAGCUGGAAGUGGAGUCGAUGGUUGAAGUCAACGACCCACCGCUUUUUGGGGUUAUUCGCUGGAUCGGACGGAUCAGUGGGAUCACAGAGCCAGUGGCAGGAAUUGAGCUGGACCAGGAGCUGUCUGCAGGAACAGAUGGCAGUUACCUCGGUGAACGUCACUUCCGUUGCCCGGCCAACAAGGGGCUGUUUGUCAAGCUUCGAAACUGCAGACGGGACUCAAGGUUUCCGGCACCUGAGAAACCUGUCAAUCAAGUGGAGAGGUGCAACUCAAUAGCCUUUGCAGAGUGGGGCAGUGAGCGUGUGGAGGAGCACACUCCUCCUCUGGAAGGGGACGAAGCUGGUGAGCUCUACCAGGGCUGGAAGAGAGGCAUCCAGGGUCACCUCAACUCCUGCUACCUGGACGCUACGCUGUUCAGUCUGUUCUCCUGCUGCAGUUCAGCAGACUGGGUGUUGUUUUGGCCCUCUGACCCUGAAACUGACCGUGACGCGAGUCAGGCUCAAGACCUGCUGCGCUGUGAGAUCGUCAACCCCCUGCGGAGGUAUGGCUACGUGUGUGCCAGUAAGACCAUGGCCUUGAGACGUCAGCUGGAGGCUGCGAACAGCGACAUGGGCUUCACCAACCAGGAGAAAGAUCCUGAGGAGUUCCUCAACAAGCUUUUCCAGCUCCUCCGAGUGGAGCCACUCCUCAAGAUCAGAUCGAUGACUCAGCAGCCUCAGGAGUGUCACCUCUACCAGCUCUUCCCACCCACACUCCCUUCCUCUCCCACCUCGCCCUUACCCGUCUCGCCACUUCACUCCCCCAUCCCUCUCACCUCGCCAUCCCACAGUCGGAUAAGGGUCGCCAGCGUCCAGGCGCUGCUGGAGUCCUCCUUCCUCCACGCUGGCCUCAAGUUUGUCGAGGCUCCGUCCUGCCUCUUACUGCUCAUGCCUCGGUUUGGAAAGGACUUCAAGAUGUUUGACGCCAUCUCGCCCACCCUCAGCCUGGACAUCACAGACCUGCUGGACGACACUCUGCGACAGUGCAGUAUCUGUCAGGCUGUAGCUGAGUGGGAAUGUUUCCAGUGUUAUGAGGACCCAGACAUCACUCCUGGUCAUCUCAAACAGUACUGCCAGACCUGCAACACACAGGUCCACAGUCACCGGAAGCGGGAGUCCCACAACCCGGUGAAGAUCGCCGUCCCCGGGGAACCAUGGACCGGCUCCCUGCACUGCACCCGCCAGCGAAUGUCUCUCUUCGCCGUGACGUGCAUCGAGACCAGCCAUUACGUGAGCUUCGUCAAACACGGGCCCCUCCCAUCCGACUGGCUGUUUUUUGACAGCAUGGCCGACCGGGAAGGUGGCGAGAACGGCUUCAACAUCCCCCAUGUGAAGGCGUGUCCAGAGGUAGGCCGCUACCUCAGCCUGUCAGAGGAGGAGCUGAGCAGAGUCGACCCCACCUCCUUAAGGGAGUCCGUCCGCCGCCUGCUCUGUGACUCCUACAUGUGUCUGUACCACAACCCCGAGCUCAGCCUGUACAAGUGACACAACACAUACACACAGAUCUGAGCACGGAAGUGUUGUCCUCAGGGUCUUAGUGUCAUCUGUCACUGAAAUGUUCAUAAAGCUGAAGGACAAAGUUUCCUUUCCUUUUUCUGAAGUCCUCUUCACACUCGGCAGUGAAAUGCAUCUUGGGUUAUUCUAGCCACAGUUUGUGCCUCCGAUUUUCCAACAGAUAAAAACUGAAUAUAUUUUUCUCUCAGAUUAUUUAAAACGUGACAAUCAGCUGAAUGUACGUGAGAAGAGCGGUCUGAUCAAAUGUACCAGUGAACAAACAGCCUGUAGUUCUAUUAAGAGCUUUGUACACUAGUCUACAUUUCUGUCAGUGCCUGUGCCUUAAUGACGCUCACACACUGUGACACACUGUGCCUUGGAACAUGUAACACACACUUUACACUUCAAUUUGCACUCCUUUACUCACAUGUCAGUGUGUGUGUAUAUAAAGAAUUGCCUUAAACUGACUAUGAAGAUUGCACACAGAUGUUUAAACUUUUGUAUUGCUUAUGGUUUAAUAUAAUACAACUGCAAAGAAUGGGGACAGUGUCCUAACAAAUAAAUACUUUGACACUC